CGCUAACUGCAUUUGGAUGGGUCUCUUUUCUGCCUGAGGCACCAUAAACCCCAUCUGUUGAUACCUCCACCCACCUUCCUGCUUCAACGACCCAGCGACGAGUAUACGGUGGUGUUCUCCCGUCUGGAGCUCAUACAUUCGAUUUAGUAAGAUCAAUUGCAGUCGGCUCCAGCUUGAAGUAUCGGGGACAGCUCAGAAUAGCCGACGUCGCGCUGCCAGGAUGUCGCUCUCCGACGAUGCUCGCGCGCAAUACACUACGAUUAUUGACUCGAUCCUGGCUAAGAGUGACCUGAAUACCAUCUCUGAAAAACGUAUCCGCAAAGGUCUGGAAGAGGCCGUCGGCUAUGAUCUCACUCCGCAGAAGGCUGCUCUCAAGCAGCUAAUCAUGGAGCGGUUCGAUCUCUUUGCUGACAAGGGUGGAGCAACAACGCCGGAGUCUGCUCCCCAGACAGCCAACGGCACGUUAUCUCCUCACAAGCGCCAGGCCGAGAAUGCAGAGUCCCCGGAUCGCAGCGAGCCGACCCCUCCGAACAAGAAACCCAAGCCCGACAAUGACGUAGAUGCCGAUGCGAUCUUCGCGGCGAAGCUACAGGCGGAGGAAAAUAUGCGUGCAAGAACCACUCGCGGAUCGAGUACUAGGAAGACGGCGCCGGUGAAGAAGAAAAGCAAGUCGAAGACUUCCAAAAAGGUCAAGGCGGAGGACGAUUCCGAUUUGGAAUCAAACUCAGAGGCAGGACCUAAGAAAGAGGUCAAUAGAUCUGGCGGAUUUCAUAAACCCCUACGCCUGACACCGGCCUUGUCUGAAUUGCUCGGGGGAGAAACCUUGCUUUCUCGCCCCCAGACUGUGAAGAGGCUUUGGCAGUAUAUCCGAGAACAUAAUCUGCAAGAUCCGAGUGACCGACGUCAAAUCCGAUGUGACGAUGCCAUGCGGGCGGUCUUCAGGCAGGAUCGAGUUCAUAUGUUCACCAUGACAAAGAUCCUCAACAACAAUCUGUACAAUCCUGAAGAAUAGCCACUCCUGCUGACAUGCUGCUUGUAACCGGCAUCUUUCGCAAACCCUUUGUGUGGUCUCCUGCCAGAUAGACUGGAGGAUUUUUGCCCUCCACCUUUUCAAGCGUGAUUUUCACGACCGCCUCUUUAUACUUCGGUCAACAGUUUCCCGCAAACAGCGGGAUCGAGCUGCCUCUGAUCUGCCAUUUCUUCCCCCUUUUCUUACGCAUGUUUAUCAUGCAGCUCUAUCUCAUCCCAUCUCUUGAAUAGAGAG